AUGAACUACGAACUUCUUCAAAGUUCAUCAUCUCUUCGUAUCCGCAGAAGUCCGAUGGCAACAAAGCAGGACAUGGAUGGUAUAACUUCGAGUUUGACCUUUCAUGCCGAUUUCUCAGAACCAAAUGGACGUCGGUUAGCCAACCGGCUUUUUCGUUUCCUCUUCAAAUGGCACAUUUUAUGGCGGCAUAAAGUGUAUGCAGACGACCAUUUGCAACAAGCCAGUGGCAAUAGUCAUGACCCGGUUGACUGGGCCAGGACACAAUGCCGCUGCCUCGUGGGCAAAUGUCUGCCUGGCUGGCUGGGCUCGAAGGUCUCGGUUCGAGUCCCGAUUUGGGCAGAAUGA